UCUCGACACCAAACCUCCCGCUCACAACGCGUUCGAUUCUCGUGAGCAUCGGUCGAAAAUAGUCGGGACAUGUCAACAUUGGUGAAAAUCAUCGGAUGAACUUUAUCUUUCGAAACAUUUCGCAAUAUUCUUCCUUCUCGACUUCUCACCUAACAAAGUUAAUUAAUAACACACGAAUGUUUGGAAAAAGAACAAAAAUUUUUCGACGAAUCGAAGAAAUCGUUUCGUGACAGUUUUUUAGUGAAUAACUAAAGUGUGAUAAAUUUUAGUGAUCUUUGAAAUUUUCGUGUUUUAUCCCAUCGCUCGGAAAUAUCUUAAGAAGAUGAUCUCACUUCAACACGUGGCUUGGCCAGUUUACAGACCUAGAGAACCAUAAUAAAUUCAAUCUUCAGUGUUAAUGAUUUUCUAUUAAUAUGUUCUAUUAUAUUCUUCAAGACAAACAAUAUCUUCUAUUUGUCGCUUUGUUACUGAAAAUAUAGUGGUCGACCAUGUUUGAAGUGAAUAACCGAAUGAUUUUUAAAAUCUCAGAUCGAUUCAUCAAUACCCAUAAACAUUCAGAUUGAAUGAAUCUCUCAAUUCUAACAAACUAACAAUCCAUAUCUCUUCUAUUUUUUUUUACAAGAAUUUAAUAAAACCAACUUAAUGAAGAUCAAGAGAAGAAAACUACAAUUCAAUGAUUCGAUGGCAUAGUAUCGAUGAUAAAUGCACGAAUACAUGAUCGAUCAUUAAUUAGUGUUCAAAUUGGCUGAAAUUUACUUAAUCAUCGUCAAGGGAUAUCAAAGAUUCCUCUUCUUUUUUCAAAAUGUUGAAUCAAGCCAUUAAAUUAAUAGUGAAUAUAUAUAAAAAUGAUAAUUUGAGAUUUAUUAAAAUUAAUUCGCUAAUCAAUGGUUUAUAAACCAAUUGUAAUUAUUUAAUUCGUCAAAACUUCAGGAAAUUAUUCGAAAGAAUAAUUUUAAGAAACGAGUCUAUGAAGGAAUCAAUGAUCGAUAUCACGAUGGACAUGAGCGAAAAUCACAAGGAACAACUGAUACCUAAUGAUUAUAUUUUGGAUAAUUACACAAAUCCAAUAAUCGAAUUUCUUCAACAAGAAGAUUCAUCCAUCAGAAGAGAUCCAUUAUAUAUCGUUCUGCCGAUCACUGUGAUUUAUGCGGUGAUCUUUGUCACCGGUUUGGUCGGUAACGUUUCCACAUGCGUAGUGAUCGCGCGUAACAAAUCGAUGCACACAGCAACCAACUACUAUCUGUUCAGCCUGGCCGUAUCUGAUUUACUGCUGCUGAUAUCUGGUCUGCCGCCGGAGAUAUACUACAUCUGGUCACAUUUCCCGUAUGUGUUCGGCGAAGCGUUUUGCAUUAUUCAAAGCUUCGCUGCUGAGACGUCCGCUAAUGCCACCGUCCUUACUAUUACCGCUUUCACUGUCGAGAGAUAUGUCGCCAUCUGUCAUCCUUUUAUCUCGCACACUAUGUCAAAGCUGUCUCGUGCAGUGAAGUUUGUUAUAAUAAUUUGGCUAUUGGCACUAUGCCUGGCCGUGCCACAGGCGAUUCAAUUCGGAGUCGUUUACGAAAAUAAAAAUGGAUCGGUAAUCCUAGAUACAGCUCGAUGCUCGAUGAAAUGGACAUUGAUCGAACAUGCAUUCGAGAUAUCCACUAUGUUAUUUUUCGCUCUACCUAUGACGAUCAUCAUCGUUCUUUAUAUAUUGAUCGCGAUUAAACUGAGACGAUCGAGAAUGUUGACAGCUACUGUGAAUAGGAAUCAUUUAUCAGGUGGUACGAAUCACUGGGACAGUGGAAGAGGAAAAAGCGCUGCGCAAAGAAAUGUCAUUCGAAUGUUGGUUGCAGUGGUGGUGGCGUUUUUUAUCUGUUGGGCACCAUUCCAUGCCCAAAGACUAUUAGCUGUCUACGCACAAAACAGUAAGGAUAAACCGGAAGAUGCGUUAGUAAUAGUCUAUACCAUCCUCACAUAUAUGUCGGGAGUGUUUUAUUACCUUUCCACGACAGUGAAUCCACUAUUGUACAACAUUAUGUCCAACAAAUUUAGAGAGGCUUUCAAGUUGAUGCUACCGAAUUGCUGUGGAAAAUGGUCGUCUCAAAAGUUAGAGCCACGACGGCCUACCUAUAGUAGCCUAUCACGUUACCCGAAAUCCACAUUUAAACAAACAGAUGAUCAUCAGAAUUCACCGUCAAUAUCUGUCAGUGAUGAUAAUCAAAAGUUGACAAGCAUCGUGCGAAUAUCGAACAUGACUGAGUAUAAUGGAUUAACCGAACCGAAGAAGGACAAUGAGCGAAACUUGCCUGAUUCGACGAUGAACAAAAUCAUUAAUCGAGAAUACGAAAGAAGCGUGAUGAGAGGAUCAAAUUCCAGUCAAUUUAUCUUGAUGACAAAUGUUAACGAGGGUAACAACAAUAUGACUGCCACUUACGUGAACGACUGUUUGUUAAAUAUUCAGAAAUCUCCAAGGACUCUCACACUUGGAAUACUUGCGGAAAAAUUGAAAUUGGAAACGAAAGAAUUAUUUUCAUCUCAGCAGAAGACCAAGAAUAAUCUGAUGAAAUUGGAGACAACGCCAGCUCUGCCAUCUAAAUUUCAAAGUCAUCCAAGUAUCGACAGUGCAAAUACGAUCAGCAAUUCUAGUUUACAAGAUUAUGAUAAAACAGAAUUCAGUGGUAUGGAAUUGGCGCGAUAUAUGGGUGAAUUAAACUGUGAUUUAAUCGCUUAAUAUUCGCAAAAUGAAAUGUUCCUCCAUCGAAUGAAAAUAAACGUGUAGCAUAAAUAUUUAAUAGAAUUAAGAAUCGUUAUACCAAAUAUCUCGAAAAAACUAAGAAUUUACAAAGUUAAAAAUCUCAGAUAUAAGAAUUUAUGUAUUCAAAAAAUAAAUAAAUAAAUAAAUAAAAAAAUAAAGAAAAUCGAAAAAUUCAAAUCAAACGAAAGAAAAAAUAAGUAUUCAUCUUUCAAAAAGAAAUGUAUUUAUUUAUCUUAUAAUGUAUUGUUAUUAAACAACAGGGAAUCUACAAAUAAGAAAAUAUAAAUAAUAUUAAAUAAAAUAUAAAGAUUUCCAAUAUAUAAGAUAAGACACGUAAAACAAACAUCAUUUGAACAUCUUGAUAGUUAUUAGUAAUAGAAAAAAAUAUAUGGCACUCAAUAUCGUACAAGUUUGAUCUAAAAUUUUUUAUUAUCAAUAAUAGGUGAAAUAUUCAGACCUAAUUUAUCUUACACAUCUUGUAUGGUAUUGUUCACAUUAAAAAAAAAAGACAUAUUUAGCAAAAUUCAAUAUUACUAAUUGAAAUAAACCUUUAUAUAAUUUAUGUAAAUCAUUGUAAUUAUUAAUAUUUUUUUCGUGUAUGUGUAAAAAAUUAAAUAAUUAUAAUGAGAAAAUUACUAAAAACGAUAAAAAUUAUCUAGACAUAAAAACAAGUAAAAUUCGAAUAAUAUUAUAAAUACAUAAUAAUUUCAAUUUAAUUUGAAAAUUAACUAAAAAUUAAUUGAGAUAGCGAUAUUGUACUGGUUAAAAUUAUUUAGAAAUCAUCAAAGAUUGAAAAUAUCUUCUUAAUAGUUGAGAUUAUUCUAAAGUCAAUCAAAUUUUAUUAUUUGCACAGAAAAUCAUCUCAAAAUAAUGUGAUUCUAAUUCUAUAAAUUAUUUGUAAAUCCAUAAUCUCAAUGUGUAAAAUAAUUGAUGCGAGCAUCUGUAAUCAAAAUUAUUAAAUAUGCUUAAAAUAAUGUUUUUUUCAAGGAAAAUUAUUUCAAAUCGUUAUUUAAUUAACGGUUAAGAAUAUUUCAAGAAGAACAUUUUAUUUAAACGAUGCUACAUCUUCUUCAAAUAGAUUGUUUAGAAUUUAUUAAAAUAAAUCAAUACCUCAAAAAUGCAACAGCGUAAGUAUGAUUAUAGUUGUGAUAAUAAUGUAAAAAAAUUGUAAUAAUAAUGUUAUCAUUAUAUUGGUAAUCUUCAUUUAAAUGAUAAUUCUUUAUUUUUGAAAGAUAAUUUAUGUAUUUUUAUAUAUAAUGAAUAGUACUAUUCAUGAUUAUCUAUUGAAGUUAUGAUUGUUAUGAUUCAUUAUAGAAUUUAAAAAAUUGAAAAAAAAAUAAUAUAUUAUAAAACUGGAAAAAAUUUAUUAAAAAUAAUUUUGAAUGUUAUUGUCAAUAAAUAAAUAAAUUGCUUAUAUCUUUACAUUCCGUACUUUUUUCAGAAAAAUUUUUCAUCUUAAAAAUUCGAAUCAUAAAAAAAAUUCUUUAAAUAUGUAUAAAUAUUAUUUAUUUUUAUACUCGCAUAAUACAUGAUAAGCAUAUGUAAAACAAGACAUUUACUUUAAUUUUAUAUAUUUAUAAAAAUAAAAUGCAAAAUUUGUAUCAAACGCGAUUUAAUGUAAAACAUGUGCAAAUAUAAAAAAAAUAAAUCAAUCAAUGAAUCCUGGCGAGUUCUUAGGAAUACCAUAAUUUUUUUAGGAAAACUAUAAUUUUUUUAUAUAGCAAUAAUAUAUGCAAAAAAUCAUAAUGUUUAAGAUAUGACCAUAGAUUUGGGUCGAUUCUUCAAAUAUGUUUUGAUGUUGGGUAAUGAUUUUACUUUCU